AUGGAUCCGGAAGACAUGGGCUCAGGUAAACUGGGCCAAAUAUUGAAGCAGAUUUGGAGACAAAACCUGAUGCUAAAGCAGGCGCUCCUGGGAGAUGACCUGUGUGAGGGGGCUGCGGGGGGCACCUGGGUGGCCACGGUGGUCUUUCUGGGUCAAGAGCUCAGUGGGACUCUUCGCCAACUGUUGGAGCACACCGCUGGGACCCUGUGCUCCAUCUGCCAGCAGCUGUAUGCGCUGCUCGACAAGGAGAAUCCACAUAGCUGGAGACAAGAAAUCAUUGCUUUCACAGACUGCCUCAUGAAAAUAAAUGAACACUUGGGGAGCAGUGCUGCACUUCUAAAGAAAGAAGAAGAGGAGAUGUGUAAUUUAUGCGGCAUGCGUGAUGAAUGUCCUCCACCACAGACAAUGUCCUCCAUUCAAGAUACCAAAGCAACAGACAUUGCUUCAAGAGGGGAACUAAAUGUCAUAGAAACAGCUACUGUUCCUCCCACAAAUGGAGAGGAAAGUCACUACACAAGCCAGGUCCAGUUAAAAAAGUAUAAAAUAGAUGCAAGUUCAGCAUUUGAGGAUAGAAAAAAUGCUGCAUCGCUGAAUGGAAAUGCAACAGGACGAGAAGAGUCACAGGACACGAUGUUCCCAGAUAAUGCAGAAACGGAAGAGAAUAAACAAAUAGAACAUGUGACUGUUGAGACUAUAAAUGGCAACAGGGAAGAGAUUCAUGACAUAAUGCAGAAAACAGAAAGAGAAAUUCAAGAGACCUCAGAAAGCCCAAGAGCAGGGAUUACCACAUCCUCAAUGACAUGUGAUGUCUCCAGUAAAUAUAGGGAUAGUCUUGCUUGUGAUUCAGAGAAUCUGAAACAGAAGACUAACAUAAUGGAAAAGGAGUAUCUCGACAUGCCAAGUGAUGGAACUGACCCACAAGUGUCUUGUUACAUUGCAGCCCCACUGUGUGUUCUGCAGCGACUCCAAUGCCGAAUACUUAACAGCAUGAGUUCUUCCAUAGUGGGCGAUAAUGAAGAAUUGGUCAGCAAUGUUAUCACUGUUGAGUCCUCAGAUCAAGAGCAGAGAAUUCCAUUCCCAAUAUGCAUUGCAAUCCCAUUCACGGCACGUUACAGGGGAAAUUACAGAGACAUCAUGGUGAAAGUGUCGGAUAGAAACUUGGACUCGAGUUACCUAACCCCACAUUCGCUGGAAGGAAUGCGAGGCAGUCAGAAGGGGACCUGCGCUGCAGUGAAGGUUUACAAGUUGGGUAUCUUUUCUGUUGUGUCUUGUUUAAAGAAAGAGUCCUUCACAGUUCCUAAGAAAGGCCUCACUCUUAAGUCAGGCAUGGAUUCCCGAAUAUCUUUCAAUUACCCUCCAGGAGUUUUCGACUCUCCAGUGCUUGUACAAUUAAAGAUCCAACCAGUUGACCCAUCUCUGGUGGCGUAUUUAAAAACACAGCAAGAUACUUCCUACUCAAUACAAUCUACGAGUCCUCUGAUUCACAUUCAGCACCCAUCAACGCGUCCUUUUCAGAAACCAAUUACUGUGUUCCUACCUUGUUCGCCACAUCCUGAUAAGAAAAAUGUUGGAUCUGAUACAGAUCAUCCAAGGUCAGCCAGUGCCGCAGCAAAUAGGAAUACUCCUUUAUGUUUCAACCGGAUGAAAAGUGCUUCCCUAAGAAAACCUGGGAAAAAUACCUGUGAAUCUUUCAAAUUACUGGGAUUCAGAAGUCGAGAUACUGGUUGGUUUGGGCUUGAUGAUGUUGUGGUGAGAACCAUUCAGGGUGGCUUGAUUUCAUUUGAAUUGGAUGGCCAUUUAGAGAGGUUCAUCGUUCUUCAUCUCUCCUCCAUUGUGGACAACAGCCAUUUGGUUUCUUUUGUAAAAUAUCUAGAGGAAGCCAUGCUCAGCACCACAGCUUGCAUAGUGCUGGCUCAUCAGAAGGACAAUCCACAUAGAGUAGCUAUUUUGGUGGUAUCUUCUAAAGAUUUAAAACAAGUGCUUAAGACCUUGAGCUUGGAUGGAUUCAGGGCACCUCUAGAGCCUUCUCGUCAUUUCCAAGUAAGAGAAGGAGAACAACUUCUUUUAAGGUUUACUGGAAACAUAUUUGCAUCAAGCAAUGGGAAGGAUUAUGCAAAAGACUAUAAACUUACUUUUCAUCUACAAAGAAAAUCCAGGCUGGUACUCCAAAUCAAAGAAGUGGAUGAAUUUGGAAACUAUAGUUGCCCUUAUUAUAAAGGCACCAUUGUAGUUUAUAAAAUACCUAAAGAAAAACGAGUCUCCAACAUGGAUCACUCUCUUCUACUUAAUGAAAACCAUGAUCAGUUGCCAAUUUGCAAGUUACCUUUGAGAUUGCCGAAGCAUGAAAAAAGAAUCCACCGUCCACAGAGUACUAAAAGAAUUUCUACAGAUCCUCAAGACGCCCUUUGGGAGAACUUGCUGUUCUGGCUGGCGGAGGAGCUCUCGGAAGAAAACUCCGAGUCCCUUUUCUCCUCGCUCCCUCUGCGCCGCAGCACUGUUCAGCUCGUCAAACUCAAGAGCCCUGAGGAUCUCACAGCACAGAUCCACGAACUCCUUUGCUUCUGGAAAAAAUCACUCCCCACUUCCACGGAUAAACUGCGCCUCCUGGCUCGUCAUCUCUGCAAGAUUGGCAGGAAGGAUCUUGCAGAAGAGCUCAAAUGCAAGUGGGAAAAUAAGGUGUUCACUGAACCACAGGACUGGCUUGAUAUGGCGGUUGGGUAG